GCUGCGGUUUGAGGAGUGUGCAGCCGCAGGGGGCAGUGGGAUAGAUGGGGAUGUUUCCAUCAUGGCGGCAUCCAUUUCGGGUUAUACUUUUAGUUCUGUGUGUUUUCACAGCGCCAACAGCAAUUCUGAUCACGAGGGCUUCCUGUUAGGAGAAGUGAGGCAAGAAGAGACUGUCAGCAUCAGCGACACACAGAUCAGCACUGCAGAGUUGCUCCAGGUAGUAGAAAUCCACAACCAUGAUCCUUGUGCACAGUUAUUUAGCUUUUAUGACUAUGCUGGCAAAGUCAACGAAGAUAAUCUUAACAGAAUUCUUAAAGAUAGGCGGAAAAGUGUCAUUGGUUGGUACCGGUUUCGGAGGAACACGCAGCAGCAGAUGUCGUUCAGGGAACAGAUCAUCCACAAACAGCUGACUCAGCUGCUCGGCGUACCUGACCUCGUCUUCCUCCUCUUCAGCUUCAUCUCCACGGCCAACAGCUCCACACACGCUCUGGAGUAUGUCCUCUUCAGACCGAAUCGCAGCAGGUACAACCAGAGGAUCACCCUCACCAUCCCCAACCUAGGCAACACAAGCCAGCAGGAAUACAAAGUCUCUUCAGUGCCCAACACCUCACUCAACUACGCCAAGGUCAUCAAAGAGCAUGGGGCUGAAUUCUUUGACAAAGAUGGUGUGAUGAAGGAUAUCCGAACGAUAUUCCAAGUCUACAGUGCACUACAGGACAAAGUGCAGGCUGUUUGUGGGGAGGUGGAACAAAGUGAACGCGUUAAGGAGAAAAUUCAAGAGGAUGUGAACAAACUCAAACAACAAAUAGCUCUCAGGAAACGGAAGACAGCAGAAGAGGAGAGAAGGCUCCGGGAGGCCCAGAAUGCAGAGUCUCAUCCCACCUCAGAGGAGAAUAGCGAACCUUCCGAGACGUCCCUCCUGUCCAGGGUAGCCUUCCACGCCCCCUCUGCCCCGGAGCGGCCUGGUACCUCACCUAACCCCCCCUCUUACUCUGACCUCUUGUCCCAAGAAGACUCUCUGCUCUCCUCGUCCUCCUCCCCCACCAGUGCGGCCCUGCUGCCCCGACCCCAGGCCGUGGGCUCUCCAGGUCACCCUACCCCUGGUCCGCUGGGAAUGGGCCUUGGCCUGAGCCUCGGCCUCGGGCUGGGGCUCGGGGCCAGCUCUAACCCUGUCCCCACUCCCAGCACAGCUUACCUUGGCAACGGGGAUGGAUCAAGCUCCGACUCCCUAGACAGACAAGCUGCAGGGCAGGAGGAUGAUGACGAUGAUGAUGAUGACGAUGACGAUGACGAUGAGGAUAGUAGCGAGUAUGAGAACUUAGUGAGCGAAGCCGCUCAUUUGCCGAUGGUUUCUGCCAGCGUUUUAGCUCAAGGCCGCCCUGCUGCCCUCAGUCCUGAUGGAGACGCUCGUGGCUCACAGACCUCAUAGAUGCCGUGGGCUGUGCAAGAGACACAAAUAAGUGACGCACCCAGAGAGGUGGGCAUCUCAAGCAAUCAAAGAUAGACAUCUCUUAUAUGACAAAGGAAGUGCCAGUCCUGAAAGUGAAAGGCAUGUGCAGGUGGUGUUCUGCUGUGUGUAUUUGUUUUUGUCUUAGUUUGGUCUCCAUUUUAAGGGGAAAACUUGCUAGGCUUCGCACCGGUGGAAAGGGUUGUCUGUUCUUUUUUUUUGUUUGUUUUUGUUUCUUUUUUUUGGGUGGGGAGGGAUCUGGUCGCUGUGUUGUGAAUGUGUCGGAGGUGGAUGCUACCACACAGUUUGUUGCCAACUGGUUGGCCGGCUUGCUCCAUACAAGACAGACCCCACUCCACUCUCUCUGCAUCAUUCUGUGUCACAUGUGCAUCACCAAUCCUGAGCACCCACGUAUACCAUUACCUCUUGCACUAUUUUUGCCUUCUUUUAAACAAUUUAUUUAAGAAAAAGCAAAGGGAAAAUAUUCCGCGGCCUUCAAGCUUUCUUUCUUUUUUCUUUUCUUUUUGUUUCAUGAAGUCAGCAAGUGGUUGUUAACUUUAAAAAAAAAAACUUUAAUUUGAAAAAAGAGUUAUAUAUGUAAUAAGUUCUUAUCCUGCACAGUUCUGACAUUUGAUUUUUGACUGUCCAUUAUUAGAUUUUAAUUUUCAUGUAAGCAAUCCACAGUAUGUCUUUAACAAAUCAUACAGUUGCCUAUUUAGAUGAUGAAGAAUAGAUUCCAAACAAAAUUUACUCUGCCACUACUAUAAACGGUGCUUUAUAUAUAUAUUUUUUGUCAGAAUAACAGGUAAUAAUCUCAUUUGACUGACAAUAUCAAUGUCUCAUUCUUCUUGGAUAACACUGAAAUUGUAUGCGCUUUGCUGCACUUAACAAAAUUUAAGAUUUCUUUAUUAUUGUGCUAUACCAAUGCUGUCAUGUUGUGCCACUUGAGUAGUCCUCUUUGACCACCCCGAGCAGAACUCGGCUCAGCUUUUUGCGCGUUGUUUGGGGGUUCACAGGGCAAACACAAUGUACUGUAGCUUUACUAACCAGAUGCUUAAGGUUCCCUUACGCUGCUGCAACACAGAGAGCUACCACUAAAACAAGAAACUGUGCAUCUGUCUGUUCUUCUUCAUAUAAAAACCUGGCUGCUACUUCCACGUCGCAUUGCUGGUUGUCUCCAAUACUAUUGACAGUAACCAUAUAACCAGUUCUCAGCUCACUUCUCAAUGGCUUGAUCUCUAUUAAAAUCAUGAUGGAAGGCUAACACCCCCUGGAUUGUGUGAAUUGUAACCUUGGGAACCGAGGGACAUAGGUCACCUUUCGGUCUUGGCUUAGCUGACAGUAGACUUCAUGCAUUCAGACCUGGUUGUACCAAUGUUAUGUGUCUGGACCUUGACAAUGUGAUGAAAACAGCUUGACCUCGAUUCAAUAUACAGUGCCUUCCACUCAGGACAGUGCUGCAGAUUUCUAUCUGCACAGAGAACAUGCUCAAAGAUCUCUUGAUGGGUAAGAUUAUCCAAAACUGUUGUGUUUGCAAUAAUUGAAACCAACUUUAUUAGUCCUGCAGUAAUAUGUCUUGCCAUUUUUGAUGUGUUAUCUUGCCUGCCUGAAACCCUCUUCACUGCUUCCUAAUAGUACCCGGUUUCACUCAUGAUUUUACUUCUUUUUUUUUUCUUUAAACCCUUCACUGACUGUUUCUAACCGGACCUGCAUUUCAUUGUUGCUACUGUGGCUUUUCAAAUUUCUUAUUUGCUUUAUUAUUUAAAACUGGAAUUACAUGUUCAUAAACUGUACAGUCCGAGGCAAUCUGCUCAGUGACCGAUGAGUAUGAUGUAAUUGUUUGUUUAGAGAGAGAAAGACCAGCAAAAUGACUUGCCUUUUUUUUUUUUUUUUUUUUUUUUUUUUUUGGUAUUUACAUCUGGGCCAGCGAUUUUAAAGAGAGGUGUGGACAGAUUGGGUGCUGAAUGUAGGACACCUUCCAUGCAUGAACAGGUCAAGCCUAGAUACUACUGUUGGUAUUCUACAUGGACAGACAUUUGCACUGCAGCCGGAGGGCGAUUGACAUGGCGAUGUGCUGGUUGCACUCAAUUUAGAAGCAAAUACAAUAUUUUGUGGAGAUGACCUGUAGGGAGAAGCUUUGCCUUGUGAACUAGUUCCGCUUUAUUUUUCACUGUCGGGUUGUAAUGCCAUGUGUUUGCCUUAGGGUCAUUUCAUUUGCUCUGAUGUGUAAUGCCAAUGCAUCGCUGAUCGGGAACUGGCACUCAAAAUGUUACUUGACUUAAUAAUCACCCAGAGUAACACAAUCACAAAAUGUUUAUAAAUGACAAAAAAAUCAAUGAGUUACACAAGUAUGGUUCCCCUUGAGCACUGGAAUAUAUAUAUAAAUAAUGAGGAAAUAAAUAAUGAAUGUAUAGUAGAUAAGGGAGGGUGGGUAGCAUUUAAACAGCACUUAUAAGCUUGUCUCAGCUGAGGGUUGGGGAGAUGUAGAUCAGUGGUUUUCCACCCUGGUCAUCCAAGUCCAGAGUACUGCUGGUGUGCUAGCCUCCCGGGUAGUCGAUUACAUUUACCCCAAUGUAUGAAUCAGGCCCUUAUGUGAUGUUUGCAUGAAAACCAGCAGUUUUUUGGCCCUGAGGCCCAGGAUUGAGAAUCACUGCUAUAGAUGAGCAUUUUCAGGAUCCUUUACCUUCCAAGUUCCAACACAAAAUAGACGUACACUCAUUUGCUCUUGCUGGAGGUAGGAUUAACCUACCCAAAGAGGCUGUUGCAACAUCGACCUUUUCCUGAAGCACAAAGUCCCAUCGUGGAGCCUUUAUCUUUUUGGGGCAGAUAUCUGCAUAUGUAUCUAUGGGACAAGAGUAAGCCAAGGGUUUGCUUGGUUUGCUUGGUUGCACGCCGAGAACAUGGACCCAGAACUGGGGGGGGAUAAUAAAUGAGACAUGCUUA